AUGGCUAACAAUCAGAAUAUUAGACCUACUGGGGCUCUCCCAGGUGAUACAGAGAAAAAUCCUCAAGUCAACACAAUGACAUUGAGAAAUGGGAGAGAGUUGGUAGAAGUGCCUAAUAAGAAAAAGGAGCCGUCUGGGCUCGAAGAAGAAAGAGUGCCAAAACCUGUAGAGAUACACUUGAACAUCCCUUUAGUGGACAUGCUCCGUGAUGUCCCAAGAUAUGCAAAAUAUAUUAAGGAUAUAGUGGCAAAUAAAAGGAGGUUAAGUGAGUUUAAGACAGUCGCACUUACUGAGGAGUGCACUUCCAGGAUUCAACAUAAGCUUCCACAAAAGCUUAAGGAUCCGGGUAGUUUUACCAUCCCCGUGAGGAUUAGUAAAAUUGAUGUGGGUAGAGCCUUGUAUGAUUUGGGUGCAAGUAUCAAUCUGAUGCCAUUGUCAGUGUUCAAACAAUUGGGCUUAGGAGCUCCGAGACCCACCACGAUUGGGAAGUUUAUUUUCCCUGCAGGUUUUAUCAUCCUGGACUACGAGGCUAAUGAGUUAGUUCCUAUCAUCUUGGGACGACCUUUCUUGGCCACUGGAGAUGCAAUUAUCAAAGUUCAAGAAGAGCCAAGUGCGUUUAAUAAAGAUGCACUAGAAAAGGCAUUGAUGUUGUUCAAUCACUUGGAACUUGAAGAAGAGGUUGAGGAGAUGUUGCAAAUUCUGGAUGCAUCUUCCAAAUACAUAAGAGAAAGAUCCCAAUUUGAGCCUCUAGAUAGGCCAAUCGGCCCGCCCCCUAAACCCCCAGUUGAGGAGGCCCCAAAACUAGAACUUAAACCCUUACCAUCUCAUCUUCAUUAUGCAUAUUUGGGAAGUUCUAACACUUUACCUGUGAUUGUUUCUUCUCAUUUAUCUAACUUGCAGGAAGAAAAGCUAUUAAGGGUGCUGAGAAAUCACAAGCAUGCCAUUGGUUGGACAAUGUCUGACAUAAAGGGUAUUGCCCUGCGUUCUGCAUGCAUAAAAUACUCAUGGGGGAGGGACACAAGCCUAGCGUGGAACAUCAACGCCGCCUAA